AUGCAGACUGGUUGUGGCUCCUGCAGUGACGGCAUCGAGAAACGCUGUGCUGAUCAUGCGGUGACCAGAACAACGGUGGCUCCAGCUGGACUUAGGGACAUGGACACUUGCCAUGAGAUGUUUGGUCGGGAACAGAGUUUUGGAGCCAUGGGUGGGAAGCGCUACAGUCUCCAAAGGGCCCGCCAAGGAGACCCCAGGGCACCCAACCUCGCCGGUGAUUUGGGGCCUCCACAGAUAGUUAGAGACCUCCUUGGGCCCCAAGGCAACAACAUUGAUUCAGGGCCCAAAUUAGAGACGAUAUUGUCAGGAGGAGCUGAAUUUCAGGGUGGCAGAGGAGAAGCUAGCUCCUUAGCCAAAGGGAGAAGGGAUGCUCGGUACUUAGUGCUCCACUUCAAUAUUGAGGCUAUGACGUUCAAGAAUCACAGUACCUACCAGGUGGCCCAAGGCCAGGUCAGAAUCCUGAAACAGGAAAGCUGUGCUGCAAACUUGUCUGCCAAUUGGGCAGAAGCAGCCCCAGCCUCCAGGGGGAGAAACAUGAUGGUCUCUAGCCACAUAGAAGCGAAACUGGCCUCUACUACUGGUGAGCAGCCCAGUAGGCCCAAGUUUCGCAGGGCCUGGGAGGAAAAGAAGACAGCCAGAGAAGCUAGCAGGAUGGUCAGCCAGAAAUCCCAAUGGUCCUCCUCUGAUAAUGAGACUUCAGAAGAACAUCACAGGAAAUCAUACAUGAGUCCAAGGAGGAGGCAGUCCCAUAGAUGGAGUCACAGAGGCCAGGCUGAAACUGACAGCCCCAAGGAAUCAGAAAGCACAACUGGAAACUCUGAUGGCCAGAAUGAAGAUAUUUUCUAUUCUAUGCCAGGCAAUUUGCUGCCCUCUUCUCCCCAGGAUCUAAAGACAAUUAAAGAAAAGCAGAGGAGGUUGGAAGAAACUUCUUGUAAGAUAAAACAAAGUGUGAUCAAGAAAUACCCAGAAGCUGCUGCCGCAGGUGACAUGCUCAUAGGCAGCUGUAUAAAGAAAGUGACUGAGGAGCAGAAACUCCUAGAGAGGCCUUUAAGAGGCACACUGGGAAGAAACACUACUUCUUCAAGGCAGAUGACAAAGAUACCUCCCCUGGAAGCAGCUGCAUUUCCCCUGAUCUCGGGUGUUCCUCCAUCUGGGGAUUUGAAGGCACCAUCUACUCUGCAUCCUGGACAGAAGCAAUAUAAGCAAGGCAACACUUUGAAGAAAUGUGGGGCUUGGCAGAGAAGGAAGUCCUACCCAGUGGCUAGAGAAGAUGAUGAGGCAAAUAGAGAUCCUGGUCUGCAGGCCCAGCCUCCAAAAUAUAGGUCAUUUUACCAACAAUUCAAGAGUGACUACUAUACCAGAAACUCACCUGUUCAAAUGAAGCAGGGAGAUAUCACACCCAAAGACCAUGCAACUUCAGAUUACCAGGAGCCACUUUUGGAGAAGUCACAACAGACAUCUGGACAACAUGGUUGUCCCCGGUGCCGGAUGAUGUAUAGUGAUAUAGUGAAGCUCAAGGAACAAUUAGGUAUGAUGGGCCCAGGGGAAGAGGCAAGGGUGGGACUAGAAAAAUCUGGGUUUCUGGGAGCAGUGGCUAUUCAGACCUUCAUUGAGAAGUUCCAGUUUCUUCAAUGCCAUCCAAGGUCCAUGACUAUCUGUGCUCAGCAAGAUGAAGAUUUCUGCUCCUUGUCAGUUCUUGUUGCUGGUGCCCAGAUACCACCUAACAGCCAUUUGGAGGACGUGGUUGUGCCGGGCUUAGUCUCCACUAUGUCAUUGCCUGAUAUUCCUGGAGUCAUCAGCACUGACACUUUAAUCAAAGACCCCAAAGUAGAAGGAAACAAUUUGAAAAAUUUUAACAAUCAUGACAGGAAAUGUGCAGUUGGGGAUGAUGCUCUGUUUGAAAUGGGCAUCUGA